AUGUCAUCCACAGCACCAACUGAAAUACCUACACCUCUCAUACCUCUCCUCUCUCUCCUCUCCAGUGCAUUCUUGACCCUACAGAGUCUUUUCCAUCGGAUCCCCGGAUCUCCCAUCAUCGUCCGAUACAUCAAAAGCAGUUAUCAGGAUGAUCCAUAUAGGAGUUUGCUAGAGGUCUUGUUGUUGGCUUUUGCCGUCAGGACACUUUUGCAGAGGAGAACGGGUGGAGAAGCGGAGGGAAAAAGUUUUAUAAAGUUGACUGCGAAGGAAAUAGAUGAAUUGGUAGAUGACUGGCAACCCGUUGCUCUCGUCGAAGAACCAAACGAAUUAGACGCUAUGAUACUCCCUACAGUACCUACCAUCUACGGUCCUAACGGUAUUAAAGUGAAGACUUCUCCCACUGGCAAGUCUCUACUCAAUAUGGUCACUCCGAAUUGGACGGGAUUGGUGGAGAAUGAAAGGUUGAAGCAGGUCGCAGUGGAAACUCUACAUUCGUACGGAGUUGGAACUUGUGGCCCUGCUGGUUUCUAUGGUUACAUUGACGUUCACAUGGAUUUCGAACAAGAAUUGGCCAAUUUCAUCGGCACAGAAUCAUCCAUCACCUAUGCUCAAGGUUUCGCAGCUGUCUCAUCCUGCAUCCCCGCUUUCGCCAAACGAGGUGACAUAAUCGUCGCUGAUCGUGGAUGUAACUUUGCCAUUCAGAAAGGUCUUCAAAUUUCUCGAUCAACAAUACGAUGGUUUGCACAUGGAGAUAUGGCGGAUUUGGAAAAAGUGUUGCAAAGCGUAGAGAGAGAUUUGAAACGUAAAGGCGGAAAAUUGACAAAGAAAUUUAUUGUGGCUGAGGGGAUAUUCGAAAAUGAUGGAAUGUUGUUGGACCUUCCCAAAGUGAUGGAAUUGAAGAAAAAAUUCAAAUACCGCUUGAUGCUUGACGAAACUUACUCUAUCGGAAUGGUCGGUGCCCAUGGUAAGGGUCUCACGGAAUAUUACGGCGUACCAGCCGCGGAAGUAGAUAUGAUAUUCGGUUCAAUGGCAAGUUCGUUUGGAACAGGAGGUGGAUUUUGUGCAGGAUCAUCUGUAGUUUGUUCUCAUCAGCGUAUCAAUUCUUCUGCUUCUGUCUUUUCUGCUUCUCUUCCAGCUUUAUUGACAACAACAUCCUCAACAGCACUUUCGAUCCUUCUUACCACCCCAACAUUAUUCACUACUCUUCAAUCCAACGUACUCACUUUCCGAGCUCAAUUAUCGAAACUUGAAGCUGUCCCUUCUGUCCCUCCAAUUUCUUCACCACGACCUUCUCUCCCUGUUUUACCAUCUUCGGCCAGUUCCACAGAAUCUAUACCCAUAGGAGCUCAAACACCAAAUAAAGACGCUAUCAUUCAAAUCCCUUCUCAUCCCAGUUCGGCGUUGAUGUAUAUCUUCUUAUUGAACCCUCCAUCGACAGUGGAGGAAGAAGAAGCUUUGUUACAAGAUGUGGUGGAUGAAGUUCAGACUAAUGGAAGUAUUUUGAUCACUCGAGCUAGACGUUUAAGAGGACAAGAAACUUUCGAACCUGAACCUAGUCUGAAAGUUUGUGUUAGUGCUGCUAUGGGGAAGAAAGAUGUAGAGAAAGCUGGUCAGGCUUUGAGAGCUGCUUUGGUCAAGUUUUGUUCGAAACGUCGCUAA